UUUCCUUCUGCUUUGUUUCGCUCGGUACGUUGGUGCUGCCUUCUGAAUAUUUUGUAGGUUUCUCUGUCUUUGGAGACCAGCAAAGGUGCAAGAAACCUCAGAGUAUUCAUAGAAGUCACUGUACACAAGCAGAUAUGGCCAAAUUCGUGAGGCAAUCAAAGUUCCGGCAUGUAUUUGGAACGGCAGCAAAGAAGGAUCAUUGUUAUGAGGGAUUUCAGGUUUCAAGAAAUGCAGUUGAAUCGCCGUUCUGUGCAGUCAAUCCUAAAUUUGUUGCUAUUAUAUUAGCAUCGGCUGGCGGUGGUGCCUUCCUUGUCUUGAGACUCGACGAGGUUGGUCGUUUAGAUCCUGAGCAUGGAAGAGUGGGUGGACAUACACAAGAUGUCUUGGAUAUAGCCUGGAACCCUUUCGAUGACAACUUGAUAGCAUCAUCCUCAGAGGACACCACUGUGAAAAUCUGGCAAAUUCCUGAUGAGGGACUGGGCAAAGAGACUAUAACAGAACCUCUGUUAACUCUAUCGGAUAGCCAUCAAAGAAAAGUCCACCAAGUUCUGUGGCAUCCUGUGGCAUCUAAUAUCCUGCUUAGUGCCAGCACUGACCCACUGAUUGUUAUCUGGAAUUUAGAAACUGGAGAGGCAGCCAAAGAAAUUGACUGUCACCCAGAUAUCAUUUAUAGCGUCUCAUGGAAUACCAAUGGAAGUCUUAUUGCCACCACAUGCAAAGACAAGAAGAUAAGGACAAUCGAUGUGCGGAAGGGAGAGGUUGUUUGUGAAGCAAAUGGUCAUGAAGGAGCCAAGCCACAGAGAGUAGCAUUUUGCAGUGAAUUUGGUUACUUGUUUACUGCUGGAUUCUCAAAGAUGAGUUCCCGACAAUAUGCAAUUUGGAAAGCGGACACUCUGGAAAAUCUGGCCCUUGAGGAGAUUGACCAGUCUAAUGCAGUCCUCUUUAUUCAUUAUGAUGCUGACACAAAAAUGAUUUACUUAUAUGGCAAGGGUGACAGCAUCAUCAGGUACUACGAGUUGGAUCCUGAACCACCCCACUGCCAUUGGCUAACAAACUACAGCUCCAAUGUACCUCAGCGAGGUGCCUGUUUCAUGCCAAAACGGGGUUGUGAUGUUAUGGUCUGUGAGGUCGCAAAAUGCUUCAAGCUUGUUGCUAAAGGGUUUUGCGAACCUAUCAGUUUCAAAGUGCCACGAAAGUCAGAACUCUUCCAGUCUGACUUGUUUCCAGACACUCAGGGUGAUGAACCCUCUCUUUCUGCUGCUGAGUGGCUAGAAGGCAAAGAUGCUGAUCCCAAAUUGAUCUCACUCAAGCCAGGAGGGGAUGGGGCUGCCUCCAAAACAUCAAAGCCAAAGAAAGGAUUAGCUGCUAUUGGCAAGAAAGUGCCCAAGAAGGCCGAGGAUGAUGAGCCAGACGUAAUGGACCUGGUGAAACAGCUAAAAUUACAGGUGGAGGAGCAAGAAAAGCGAAUCAAAGCCCUUGAAGAGAAGUUGGCUUAGGCAGGCAUCAGAGUAAAAAUGGCAAAAUUGUUCAGCAGCAAGAGUUUGAGGACUGCUGCAGUUUAGAAUUUUACCAAAGUUUCAAGCAACGUUGUUCAGUUUAAAAGCUUGAUAAGUGUAUUUUUCCACUAAUAAUUUGUAUUAAAAGAAUUGACAAUGAUCUUGA